AUGGCUGGCGUUGGUGUUCAGUCUCCUCACCCUGCAGCCUUACCGCUACCAGCAAACCGGCAGCAGUUUGCGGUUCCACCUCCAGCAUUUACUCCAGAUGUAUCUCAGCAGCAGCAGCAGCAUUCUGUGGCCCAACCAUCUCAACAGCAAACCACUCACAUGGUGCGCUUCUCAGGACCUGAUGGCAACUCAGGAGGCAAUGGAAUAGUUGUGCAUUCCACGACGAACACUGCUCAUCUGCCUGAAGGCAAUGUGAACCUUCAUCUGGGAGGAAUUUCACCUCACCACGUAGGCAUCGGAUCUACAAUGACAGAUAGUGCUAUACAGAUACAAGGAUCGGCUGGUGUUACUGUCGGAACUAAUACUCUUGUUGCAAAUGGAAGUGCGUUAAUGGUCCAGAACGGCGGGAACAUAGGUGUGCUUAACCAGCAGCAGCAACAAAGACUACAAUCUCAGAAUAUUGCUGUAGACAAACAAAACGCACCCCAACUUUCUCAACAGCCCUCGCAACAACAGUCACAACCAUCUCAGCAUCAGCUUAUAUAUUCAGGCUCUCCGAUGCCUCAAGACAUUAACAUGCUUCGAAUGCAGCAAUUGUAUGCCCAACAACAACAACAACAACAGCAAGCAAAUUCACAACAGCAGCAACAACAACAGCCAAAUCAACACCAGACUCAGUCACCAGUACCUCAACAGCUUCAACAGCAAACACAUACUCAAUAUCAAACACCUCCACCUCCACGAUUGGAGGACCAGAAUUUGAAUAAGACAGUUGUACAUCAACAAAUGCACCAAAGACAACAAACUCAGUUUAUCCCUGUAUCAUCUAGUGCAAGCAAUAUCCAGUUGCAGCAUCAACAGACUCAACAGCAACUUCAACAGCAAGCGUCUCAACAGUUACAACUGCAUCAAAUAGCCCAAACUCAGCAGACUCAGCAAAUGUCAUCAGAAGCGUAUGGAAACCGGCAACAACAGACCAUAGUUGCUCAUCAGAAUUUGAUUCAAAUGCAACAGCAACACCAUCAGCAACAACAGCAGUUACAUCAGCAACAAACUCCACAACCCCAACAGCUUCCUCCUCCGUCUCCUCAGCAACAUCUUCAAAAUCAGCAUAUUCAGUCUCAUCAACAGCUCCAGACUCAGCAGCAAAUGCAGUCGCAACAGUCUCAGCAGUCAUCGCAUCCUCCCCCACCCCCAUCGCAACAACAGCCGCAACAGCAACAGACAUUGCAACCUCAAUUUGUGGCAGGCGCAAAUCAUCAAAUUACAAUUACUAGCUCUCCAAAUGGUAAUGGCAAUACCAUCAUGAUUCAGCCUCAAAGAACACCCCCAUGGCAGAAUCGAAAUAUUUCGAAUGCAAGUACAAGCAGUACAAAUACAGCCGUUAUGACGGUGCAUUCUCAUCACCACUCACCUGUUGUUGCAUUAUCGCCUCAACCAAAUCAACCUCAAGCAGUUGCUAAUAAUUCUAAUUCGGGGACUAGUUUACCUUCUACAGGAUUUGAUCGCGUGCCACCCCUCCAUCAUCACACUCCUCCACCUCCUGUUUGGCCAGAAGAUCCUGGUCGCAAGAAGCAGAAAGCAGCAAGCAGUAAAGCAAAUUCUGCGACCAAGAAACAACGUCCUUACAACCUCGUAGAACACCAACAGCAACAAAGAGUAAAUAAUAUUAUCGGGAUGGUUGGGAUUCCUACAGGAAUCCCAGGGUUAGUAGGAACAGUGGGAGCUGGAGUUGAAAUUCAGAAUCCAGGACCAUGUCCUAAUGUAGACGUUCGUCAAAUUCCUCCUGAACAUAAUCGGCCUCCUCCUGGAACAUACCCUGGUGGAGCAGGAAACAAUAUCCCAUCAUUUAUGGAAGAUCCAAGUGGAUAUCUUGCUCAACAAACUGCUCUGUUGAACAGCACAAUUUCCCGUCAAACGGGCGUGAAUCCUGUCAGCAGCGGAACCAGUUUUGUGUGCAACAGUCCAGCCAGGAAUACAGUCUCUGAGCAGCCAACUCAGUUAUUGAUAUCUCAGCAGCAACAGCCAACGCAAUUGCAAAUGCAGCAACAACAACAUAUUUCUCAGCAAGUACCUACACCAAUCUCUUCACAAUCGCAAACUCAACAGAUACAUCAUCUUCAACAACAAAGUAUGCAAACUGCAGCCCAUCAGAUACAACUGCAGCAUCAAAUGUCCCAACAGCAGCAACAACAGUCACAACAGCAGACUUCACAAGUAGCUCAGCAAAAUCAAACUCAACAACAACAACAACAACAGCAGCAGCAGCAGCAGCAGUCGUCAGUUGUAUCAGGUGUGGUGGUGAAUUUGCCUACAUCCUGUUCAUCGCCCACUGUAGUUGGAGUUCCACUUCCAAGUAACAUACUUUUGCCUAAUGCCAAAGGAAUCUAUACUACCAGAAGUAAUGCUGCUGUAAAUGGCUCUCCUCAACACUCCUUAAUCUUCACCUCUCAGCCUCAAAAUCUACUACCUCUACAAAACUCAGGGACAUACACUAUGCAUCCUGCCCCACAUCUCCAACCUGAUAGUAGCGUGGUUACUGAUGCCAACACUGAAGCUCAUGCUGGGUGCCAAGGUUGUGUUGGAACCAUUCAUCAACAUCCUAUUGUUUCUGAAGCAGCUGCAAUAUUAUUUCACCAGCAACAACCUCAUCAACAGCAACCUCAACAUCAGCAGCAACCACCACCACCUCCAGCACCUUCACUUCAGCAGCAGCAACCUCAACAAAGUCAACAAGCAGCCCAGCAGGCUGCUCAGCAACAGUCUCAAACACCUCAGCAUCAAUCACAGCAAUCAUCUCAAAUAGUUGGCCAUGAGCAUGGUGCUGUAAAUAGAAGUCAUAGCGAGACUAAUGAAUUUAAAAACCAUGAGAUGACUUCUAAUUCUUUAACGCCUUCGCCUGAUGAGAGUCCUGUAACAUCCUCAACUUUCACUGAUCAAACCACUGUAUCACAAAGAAGACAUCACCAAACAAGUGCGAAUGAUACUAGAGGUCCAAUUCAAGGGGGUACUGUCAGUACAAGUAAUGGUUCGCCACUGAUAGAGAACUUCAAUGGAAGUACUAUUACUGUUAUACCCCAACCAGAAUCAUCCCCUGCCUUAUCUUCCUCAUCCUCAACACCAACUCCCCCGUCACGGCCGGAAACAGCAUCUAGUACCAAUGGUGCUAUUUCGUCGUCAUCAUCUCCCUGUGCAUCUUCUUCAUCAACUGCAUCAUCACCUUUUGCUGCUCCAAGUGGAAGUCCACCAUAUACAUAUGCUACAGUGUCAUACCAACAAUCACCUCUUAUUAAAAAUGAUACAAAUACAGUGGUUUAUUCUACUUCUGCGGCUACCAUCAGGCAACAUAAUAACACUAGUAACAGUAAUAAUAACAAUAAUUCGUCUCAUAGUAAUGCUCGAUCUACAAAUGAAACUUUCUGUCACCAUGUUCUUGAUCAAAGGAUGACUCCAGUUUCCUCUGCCAAAUUCAUCACUUCAGCUAAUGGAACUUUACAUGCAAUGGCACAACACCACCAGCAGCAACAAGCACAGCAACAUCAACAGCAGCAACAAGCACAACAAUCGCCUCAAGGUGCCACACAGGCAAUCAUAAAGCAGUCUGGAGCACAUGGUCUUCCUCCUGGCCACAUACUUGUCUCUUCUGGUGGACAACUCAUAAUGGCAAAUACUGGCAAUGUUGUAGCUGCUGGACCAGCUGCAAGUAUAAUGGCUCAAACUCAUCAGUCAUUGCCUGCUCAAUCAAUGGGCAAGCUCCCUGCUGUUUCAGCCAAUAAUAAUGGAGCCACCGUAGCUACCAUGCCCCCAAUGUCUGUUUCUCCCAUGGUAACAAGUGUGACAGCUGCUGUAACUCAAGUGAUACCAGCUGUAGGUGUAGCACAGCAGGUUCUUGGACAGCCCACAGUACUUGUGAACACGUUAUCUACUCCUUUGCUGAUACAACCAAGUGUAAUGACCAUGGAUGGCAUGCAGAAUACCGUUCAGAUUCCUCAUUUAACUGUUGCAGGGAAUGUUAUUCAUCAUCAGCAUCCUCAUCAACAGGGUGGUCAAUUGGUUGAAACGGUUUCACAAGAACAUGGCUCAAGGACAGUAGCAAACAACUUCAUACAACGAGCUGGACCCCAACAAGCUCAACUACCUCUUCUGUCUCCUGACCCAUCACAUCAGAUAACUGCUGCUGGCAGCAAGAAAAAAGGAACCAAAAAGCGGAAAGUUUCUCCUCAGACAGUCGCAUCAAUGUUACAUAUUGCAUCUCAACAGAAUGCCUCAACAGGAUUAGUUGUUCAGCAGCAUCAACCAUCUGCUCAGCAACAACAGCAACAGAAUUUCUCCCAGCAGAGCUUUACGGUAUCUGGUCCAGCCCAGAGUUUGACUGCUGGUCCUAUGUUGCAAGCUCUUACAAUUGUGCCUGGAAAAGCGGGAGCACCUGCUCAGAUUUUAAUGAAUGGCCAACCUGGAACAGCAACCGCAGCUACAACUGGACAUUUUGGCACUCAACAAAUCAUUGCUACUUCAGCAACUUCGCAACCCACCCAGCAAAUCAAUUUAUUGCAACCUGUAAAUCUUCUCAAUGGUGCAACUGGAGUCGUGACUCAGAAUUUCCCCACAUUCCAACAAUUUAUUGUGCCGGGUUUAGGUGGAAUGGUAAUGGCAACAACAGCUGAUGGCACCACAACGCUUCUUCCGGAUACAACAAAUCUUGGAGUGCAACUACAACUUCAAAAUGUGAAUGGACAAAACAUCCUUACUCCAGUACAGAAUCAUCCUAGUAACAAUACUGUUUUUAGUCAUCCAGCUGCAGCGGGGCAGAGCAUUCUGGCAGCAGGGCCAGCAGGCAUGGUGAUUCGCACUCCAGCAGCGACUGCUACAGGAAAUAAGAUAAGUACUCAUACUGGAGCCUCUGCUGGUGGAAGCCCUCAGUUCUUAGCAACAGGAUCCCCAAAUCAGUUUUUAAUGAAUGGUACGGCAUUUAGUGGACAACUCAGCCCUCUGGUUGCUAGUGUCAGUCCAAACCAGCAAGUCUCCUUCACAACAACCUCCCCAGGCACGCGACCAGCUGCUCCUGGUCCCACUCAGCACCCACCCCAGCAAGAGUUCAUACAGUGUGGGCAGAUGGGUCAAACAUUGGUUGUUCCCUGCACUGUGCCCACAUCAACAACACAGAACCAUCAGAAUACAACUGUUGUACAACAGAACACCACUAUUGUACAACAGCAGACAACAAUGGUGUCAAAUAAUCAGCAGAUAGUUGCAGGCCCUCAGCACUUUGUGCAAGGAGCUAGUGGAAACAAUGCUAAUAAUGUGACUGCUGCUCUAAAUGUGAAUCAGAAUUACAUCCUGAGUAACAACAGUAACAGUAGUAGCAGUGGAGAGAAAGUCCAUCAGUCAGUGCAUCAGAAUGUCAGUCAGACAACCAUAUCCUCAAGACAAAUUGUGACCACUCAGCCUCCUCAAACACAUGGACCUCCUAUGAUGAAACAUUCUGUAUCCACACAAACUGCUGUCAAUCAAAGUGUCCAAGCAUCAGCUUCUGCUGCAGUUAUGUCCAGUGCACUUGUUGUCACAACUAACAAUACUUGUCAAACUUCAACAACCAGCAGUUGUUCAGGAAGCCCUCCAGACACCACAACUCAUAGUCCUGUGGAUCCAAGUGUAGGCAUUGAUGGUGGUCAUCCUCAGAGUCCUACUGCGGACACCACAACUCAUUCAACAGGUGUUGGCAGCACUGAUGACAGUCUGUCUUCUCCUUCCCCAUCAUCUUGCACAGUCACAGGCUCUUGCAGUGAUGCAUCUGGGCGUCAACAGACGCCUUCACAAGUAGCCAUGCCAAUGGUGCAUUGUGUCUCUAGCAGCAAUGAGCAAAUAGAGGCUGUCAUAUCAGAACAAACAGAAUUUGAUUGGAAUAACAGCAAAGUGUUUGUGAAUCCAAUUACAGCAGAUGGAGACAAUAGUAAUAAUCAGUUCACUAACAAAUAUCUUACUGGGGGUGCAGAUGUGGUUAUUAGUGUGGGACAACAAAGUCAUCAGGGUUGUGGGGAUAAAACAGCUGCGGGAGUGUUUGUAGAGUCUUCAACGGUUGCUGCUGGUUUGGGAAUGGCAGCUUUUGGUGACCUGGCCAAGCAGCAAGAAGUAGUAAGCACAAGACAAAUUUUUGAAUUUACCACUCCUGAGCUCCGAACUAAUGAUGGAACUAAAUUGGGUCCUACAAUCAACAUCACCACUGUGGAGAGAUCAAUGAAGAGAAAACAUGGUGAUUUAUUGAUUAUGGAUACCCAUACAAAAGAGAUUCACUUUGAUGAUGAUGAAGACCCAUCGUCAGGCUCUUCAACUGACAAGGGGAAGGUGAGCGAGACGAAUCAGACUCAGGAAAAACAUGGUGGCUUCUCAGAAGGGGACUUGGUGUGGGGUGCAGCACGAGGCUGCCCGGCCUGGCCAGGUAAACUGAUGGGCCAUGCCUCUCCGGGCAAGGUAUUGGUGCGCUGGUUUGGAGGCGAGCGCACUCUUGCCCAAGUAGAUGCCAGCUCUCUCAAGACGCUGUCUGAAGGCCUCGAUGCUCUCCACAGGGCCAGGAAGAAGUGCCGGAAAAGUCGUAAACUGAAUAGCCAACUUCAAAAUGCCAUUCAGGAAGCAAUGCUGGAGUUGGAUCGUAUGAAAGAGCAACAGCAGCUGCAACAGCAACAGCAGCACCAGCAACAGCAGCAACAUCAACCGCCACAACAACAGCAGCAACAACUACAGCGAGAUCAACAGCAACCAUUGCCACCUCCUGUAGUCGCUGAAUCUAGUAUUGUAGAGGCAACUUCAGAAGCAUCAAGUAGGUCAAGAAGAAAUCAUCGGUGACCUUCUUAUAUUUGCUUUAGUCAGCAAAACACCCUUCAAAAUGUGCAAAUAGUGAUAUUGAAUGUAAUAAGUUGUGAAGGUCAGACACAAUAAAGAAACAGGAGGCAAGGAGGAGAUACGAAAUGUAUAUUCUUUCUUGCAAAAUAUUAUUGUAGUAAGUCAGUAUAGUAGAAAGUCAUUUUCUGUAUGUUUUAUUUCUUUUUUGUAUAGUUGAUUUCUAAACAAAAUAUUGUUCUUCAACAUCAUACUUUUCUUUGGUAUUUUCAAGUCUUAUAUUCAUAAUUAUACAAAUCAGAUAAAUUAUCUGUGAAUAUUCUGUAUAUUGUAUUUCAGAACCAAGAAAUUAUUGUAUUGGGCUAAGGUGUAGUUAAAUAUCUGGGAAGAAAUUUAUCUAUUGUUUGAAUCCCAAAAUGCUUUGUUUUGUUUCUUUCGUUGUUUCUGUUUGGCUUUAAAAUUUUUUUUUUUUUUAUCUGCCUGUUGACUCUUGUCAUCACAAAUAUGUACAUAAUGAAGUAAUUUCAUCAUUGAUCACUUAGUGAGUCAGCAAAUAAUAUUUGUGAUGAUUGGUGAGGAUAAAUAAACAUAUUUAAGAAAUAUCUCUGUGAAAUUGGUAUGUACAUAUUGGUUUGAUGCAAUAUAAAUCUCUGUUCAAUAAUUUCUCUAUUGUAAAUCUUCUAUUUAUGAACCAAUGGAGAAAAAUUAUAAUUUUCAUUUAGAGACAUGGGACAUCAGAAAACACAUCUAAAAUGAUAUUUGCAACUAUUUUUGAGAAUGUCUUCCUGGUGGCUUCACAUCUCCUGUUUCUUUAUUGCUACUACAAAGGAAAGUGCUUGUGUCAAGUUGUGCGUGUGUGUUAUCAUUGGAUUGUAUUCUCUUUGAAGGUGUUGCUGACAUUUUGACACUGAUUGGGCUUUCAUAAAUGACAAAACUGCAUCAAAACGUACAUGUAUAGUGCAAAGAAAGAGUAUUUUAAAAUGAACGACAUAGGGAUUUGUAGCAGCUAUAACUUUAAUUCAUUGAAUUUUUUUGUCUGUCUGCACAAACAUCUUUUGUUUCUAGUCAUUGUAAAUGAUUGUUUAUAUGAAUAUAUAUGUACAUGUAUAUGAAAUGACCAAAUGGCAUAAAAAUUAACUAAUGAGCAUAGACAAUAAUUACAAAAGGUAACAGUUUGAUAACAUGGAGGAGGUUUGGACCACUUUUAACUAUGUUUUGAAUAGCAGUCUAGCUCCAAUAUGGUGUAGAUUUAAUUUAAUUCUAAACUGAUUUGUAAUCUCUGUGUUAUGAUGUCUGUUGAUGGCAAAGCAUUAGAUGCUUAAACUGUUUGUAGAUAAAUAUGUAUAUUGUGUGUGUAUGUGUGUGUGAAUGUUAUCACAAAUAAUUUCUGUUCUCAGAAAUGUGAAUUCAGGGUUGGAAGAAACAUCGGGUAUUGUUAAGUGGCAUUGAUAGAAUUAUUACAUGGCCAUACUACAGUAUAUACAAAUAUAUACUACAUAUUUUCAUUACGUAGGAUUGUAUAAGUCAUAAUGAUGUACAGUUUAAGGUGUAAAAUUAGUCAUCAAUAGACCUCAUAUUCCAAACCCUCACAUUUCUUUUCAUAUUGUAGGGAUUAUUCCCAGGUAGGGUUGAUUGUAUUUUUAAGAAUUAAUUUCAAUGCCAUACAUGUAAUCUUUCAGAUAAGCUUCAAUAUUUCUUGUAUAUAAUGUAUAGAUAUUUUAUUAUGAUGUAUAAUGAAUUUUUAUUUGUAAAAUAUGCUUUAACAUGGGUGUAUUGUAAAAUGGCACAGACAAGCCCUAAUAUUAAUGAAUGUGAAUGGUGAGAAAAAAUAUUUUUAUUUAUACAGAAUAUGUUUUAAUGAAUCACGCAUUUCUGUGUGUAACAGUGAUGCAUUGUAGGAAUUUAACAUCACAGACUCAAGUCCAUAAUAUAGUUCGAAGCAUUAUAAAUAACUUUGUAAUUUUUUAUGGAUUAUUUUUACCAAGCACACCCUGGUUCAUCUGAUAUUCUUUUUGUUGUAUUUAUUGAAAUACAAAUUGAAUAUACUGUGCUUCCUCAAACUGUGUAUGUAGCUUCCAGAAUAAUAUUAUAAAAAUAAAAUUAGUCUGCAUCAUUAAUUGCACAGUGUAUAUAUCACUCAAAUACUUAUUUGUAGUGUUCCUUACCGAUACUUUUCACAGAAUUCAUGUAUCUUAAAUGUUGAAAGAUUUAUGCUAUAAUAUGCAUGCGUACAGUAUGUAUGCAUCAUGUCCCGUACCUCUGUAUCAGUUUAAAUGUCACCAAUGUAUGAAAUCACAGGUGGUUAUAUCUGUAGAUAAUCAGUGUGCACAUAGUGCAAGUUACAAUAUCACCUCAUGCUUAUAUGAUAAUCAAGCUAGUGGGAUUUAUUUCAGUGGCCUUGAAGCAAAGUAGUACUGCAAUUGACUUCUUAAUCAUCUAGUAAUUUGCAGUAGUCUGGACUGUGGUUAUUCUAUGUCCAUUUGCCAAGUGAGGAAGCACUGUAAACAUUUUGUAUAAACAUGGAAUUAUUUUAAAGAAACAGCUAGCACUGCAUGCUCCUCUUUUAAUGAGCCUUACCUCCAUUUUCAUUUUCAUACUGCAAAUAGACUGCUUGUGCUGGUUUUGAAGCAGCUGAAGUUUAUUUCAGCUCAGAUUUGUAAUACAUUACUUAAUUGUUGUGUUUGUAAACACAUAAUGAACUAAUACUGUGUAAUUUGAUAUUUACAUUUUAAGGAGUAAAAUAAUUACAAUUAAAAUUUGUACUGGCUGUCCCAAGUUACUUACAUGAAUAGGGUGUUACAACUUUUAUUCAGUAUCAUAAAAUGGAAAUGACAUUGUCUCUUUUAUUUCUUUUAUUGAUAAUAUAACAUUAACUUGGAACUGGAGUAAUAGUAAUGCAUAUUCAUGGAAAAAGGUGCACACAUGUCAAAUAUUAUUCACUAAUAGGCUGAAAAUUUGGCACAAAUCAAAUUAACUUUGCCUAAUCCAAAAAUAUAGUGAUACUUGAAGGAAUUUAAUUUUACAAGCAGUAUUCUUUAAUGCUAUUCCCCUGAUUACACAGUAGCCUGUAGGGAUGCAACUACCAAAAUAAUAUGCCACAUUAGAAAUGUCUGUGUACAUUGACCAAUUUGUACCUUAGCUGAUUCUCAGUUAUAAACUGAAUAAAAGUUUUUAAUUACAAAAAUUAGCUUGUUCUUUAUUGUCAUGAGCCUCAAGUUUACAGUACCCGGUGUGCCACUGAAUUAUAUGUUUUAAGUGCGCAGGAUAAUGAAAAUACAAGUCUGUGCAUUCUACAUUUUACUUGUAACAUACCUCGUGAAAAAUAUAAAUUACAAGAGUUGUACACUAAUAUUUUGUUGUCUUGUAAUUUGGAUAUCUAUGCUUGUAAGUACAUGUAAUGAUGGAUACUUGUGUUUCUCCAUAAAUGUGGUUAUGUUUUACUCUAGUUCAUGUUUUGUUUCAUAUUAUUUUCAAUUCCAUAUUUCCUUGUAGUUUGAAU